CUGUUAUUUGUUGAUACUAUGUUAUUAUAUAUUGCUUAAUAUCCCACAGGUUGGCGAUCCUCUCGAGAAGGCCGCACUCAAGGGAAUCGAUUGGAGUUAUAAAUCUGAUGAGAAGGCUGUUCCUAAAAGGGGAAACGGGCAUCCUGUCCAAAUUGUUCAGCGGUACCAUUUUGCAUCUCACUUAAAACGAAUGGCAGUUAUUGUUCGUAUUCAGGAGGAAUUUUUUGCAUUUGUGAAGGGGGCCCCAGAAAUUAUACAAGAUAGGCUCAUUAAUGUGCCUCCAUCGUAUGUUGAGACCUACAAAAAAUUUACACGCCAGGGGUCUCGUGUUCUUGCUCUGGCUCACAAAUCUCUUCCAGACAUGACAGUUAGUGAAGCUAGAAGCUUGGAUAGGGAUAUGGUAGAAAGUGGACUUACUUUUGCUGGUUUUGUGGUGUUCAACUGUCCCAUAAGAUCAGAUUCAGCUGAUGUUUUAUCAGGGUUAAAAGAAUCUUCACAUGACUUGGUGAUGAUUACUGGUGACCAAGCUUUGACAGCUUGUCAUGUCGCUAGCCAAGUUCAUAUUAUAUCAAAACCAACAUUAAUUCUCAGUCCAUCAAGUAAUGGUGAAGGAUAUAGUUGGGUGUCUCCCGAUGAGAAUGAAAACAUUCGAUACAGUAAGGAAGAGGUAGAAAAUUUGUCAGAGUCUCAUGAUCUAUGUGUUGGAGGUGAUUGCUUUGAGAUGUUGCAACAAACAUCAGCUCAUCUUCUGGUCAUUCCUUAUGUGAAGGUUUUUGCUAGAGUUGCUCCUGAGCAAAAGGAACUUAUCUUGACCACUUUCAAAACAGUGGGACGUGUAACAUUGAUGUGUGGAGAUGGAACCAAUGAUGUUGGAGCUUUGAAGCAGGCUCAUGUAGGAGUUGCUCUUCUGAAUGCAAUGCCGCCAGCUAAAGGUGGAAACUCCUCUUCAGAUUCAGCAGCUGAAGACAGUUCAAAACCUGCUAAGCAAAAGAAAUCCAAGCCUGCAGGUGAAACAUCUGGAAAGAGUAUUAGCCCAAGUGGAGAAGGCACUUCAAAAGCCAAAGGUGCUUCUAAAUCAGACUCCACUAGCCAUUCAGCUGGUAACCGUCAUCAAACAGCCGUUGAUAUGCAAAGACAGAAGCUUAAGAAGAUGAUGGAUGAGCUCAAUGAAGAAGGAGAUGGGCGUGCACCCAUUGUCAAGCUUGGUGAUGCCUCAAUGGCUUCCCCGUUUACUGCUAAGCAUGCAUCUGUUUCUCCCACCACUGAUAUAAUUCGACAAGGUCGGAGUACCCUAGUGACAACCCUUCAAAUGUUUAAAAUUCUGGGCCUCAAUUGUCUUGCUACUGCAUAUGUCUUGAGUGUUAUGUAUCUGGAUGGUGUCAAGCUAGGUGAUGUACAAGCUACAAUAAGUGGUGUCUUCACUGCUGCAUUCUUCCUCUUUAUUUCACAUGCACGCCCUCUUCCCACUCUUUCAGCUGAACGUCCCCACCCCAACAUCUUCUGUGCUUAUGUCUUGCUUUCCCUCUUGGGACAAUUUUCUGUUCACCUGUUUUUUCUUAUGGCAUCUGUCAAAGAAGCCGAAAGAUACAUGCCAGAAGAAUGUAUCGAACCAGAUGCAAGUUUUCAUCCCAACUUGGUUAAUACUGUUUCCUACAUGGUGAGCAUGAUGCUCCAGGUGGCCACAUUUGCCGUAAACUACAUGGGACAUCCCUUCAACCAAAGUAUUUCUGAAAACAGGCCUUUCCGUUAUGCCCUCUUUGCUGCUGUUUGUUUCUUUACUGUGAUUACAUCCGAUCUCUUCAGGGAUUUGAAUGACUGGUUGAAGUUGGUGCCAUUGCCAGUGGGUUUGAGGAAUAAACUGUUGAUUUGGGCUUUUCUGAUGUUUUUCAUAUGCUACUCAUGGGAGAGACUGUUAAGGUGGGCUUUUCCGGGUAAAGUCCCAGCUUGGAAGAGGCGACAACAGGUUGCUGUAUCUAAUUUAGAAAAGAAGAAAGACGUCUAA